AGUGGGAUUACAUACACAUGCAGUAGAUGAAUGUGUUGAUUGGAUUACACAACGAUUCACUAAAAAGGUAGAUGUUUCUUAUUCUGAACGAGCUUACGGCGGCAAUCCCCGGACAAUCCUUCCGAAGCCUACUUCCCUUUAUUCGUUCUUCAAAAGUUUGACGCCUGGUAGUUGACUUUCCCAUUUCGUCACCUCACGCCACACCACAGGCCGAUUCAGACAGUUUAAGUUGUCUCCGAGACAAAACAUUCACAUAUGGUGUUGAAUCAGUCCACAGUGGAAAAAAUGGAGCACAUGUGUCGGAAAUUAACAGACGCGUUUUCAUCUUUCACCUUUCGAUAAUCAUUAUAUAAUAUCAUUAUCUGUGUUUUAAAAACGGACAAAGUUACUAUACCAGUGCAAUCAAAAUGAAAUGGAAAACACUCGUUACUCUUGUAGAUUUAGAAGUUUUUUGGGGAACCUUUAUAUAACGUUAAUAUCUCUGUAAUGGUCCGGUUUAUCGGAAGUUUAUGCAAAUGUAACGCGUGUACUAUGAAAAACUAUUCCUAAAGAUAUACAUCUGUUGAUAGAAAAAGAUAUCGUGGUACGAUGGCAACAAUUGUGUACAACAGGUCAGACGUGGUCGGCGAUAUAACGUUUAUGAGACCAAGUUCAACGUCUUCUUUUGACGCGAGCGUCACAUCGGUACCGUCUGACCGCUGCAUGGAACUUCUCAACAGUUCGUCAGGACCCCCACCGAUGUACGAGCCAAUAGAGCGCUAUAUAAUAUCAGCCGUUUUGUUCCUCUUUCCAUGUUUGACUAUGUUGGGAAACGUCAUGGUUAUCGUAGCCGUGUUAACACAUAAACGUUUGCAGACCGUGACUAACGCUUUCGUUGUCUCGCUCGCUAUUGCUGAUAUUAUGGUUGCCAUAUUAGUGAUGCCUUUCGGAAUUUAUCAACAGUUCAAUAAUAAAAACUGGCAAUUAGGUCGUACGUGGUGUCUUAUUACGACCAGUUUUGACGUCAUGUUCACUACAACGUCUAUUUUUAAUCUGUCAUGUUUAGCCAUAGACCGCUAUCUCGCCAUAUGUCGGCCAUUUACUCACGAACUAUUAACUCGUCGUAAGGUGAUAUUAAUGCUAUCAUUUUGUUGGAGUGUGCCUAUAUUAAUUUCAUUCGUGCCUAUAUUGUUACAAUGGAAUCAUAUUGGAAUAGAAGAGUACGUAAACUGUGCGUUCCCGCCGGAAGAUACGUCCCACUGCGCUUUUGUCGUCAACAAAGGAUUUGCGCUUAUAUGCUCUUCCAUAGCUUUCUACAUUCCGACUGUUUUCAUUGUGAUAUGCAACGUCCAUAUAUUUCGAACCGCCAGAAUGCAGGCGAAGCAGAUCAGAAUGUUGGAACUAUCCGCGCAUAAACACCAUCGGAAGGGGAGGUUAAAGCACGAAACCAAAGCCGCCAAGACGGUCGGAAUCAUCAUGGGAUGCUUCUUUAUCUGCUGGUUUCCCUUUUUCAUCAUGAACAUAAUCGAUCCGUUCAUUGGCUACAAAAUCCCAUAUAAUAUGUGGGCCGUAGCUCUUUGGCUAGGUUACAUCAAUUCCAUGUUAAAUCCGUUCCUAUAUUACAAUUUCAACAGGCAUUACAAGAUGGCGUUCAGACGCCUACUGUCAUGCAAAGUGUGCCGUGGCAUCAGCGAGUACCAGGAUGACGUCGUUCCCAGUACGCUAUACACGGACAUGUCCCAUUCGGCUUCCGCCAAUUCUCACUCGAACCUGCACAACGGACGCCAUUCCAUACCACACAACCACAAGAAUAACAACGUCGACUUGUAACGCACAUAAGAGGAAAUUGCACGUUACCUGAUUUUGUCUCUAACAGCAGAAGAAUAGGACCCAGUUGCUGAAAACUUUAAAAGUGACACAAAUGGUGUAACAUCGAUAAUAGAUCAUCUAUAUUUAACCACGAUUUUACUAAAUUAAAAUUAUAUUCUUAAUGUUUGAAUUGAACGAUCCCAUUUUUGUUUAAAUAAAAAUAAAAAAUAAGUU